CCAAUGACCUCAUGCAUCAGCAGUGCUGGACUGUCAGCCUCAGGCAGACGUUUGUUAUGGGAGGCCAUUAUGUCGGUUUUUGGGCCAGGGAAAAUGCAUUCUGACCGCAGCUUGGGGCUUGGCAUGGGAGGCUGCCUCUUCUGCCUUUAGAGGAACCUUUACAGGGAAAGAUCUCUUUAUUUCCAGCAUUCUGGGGUCUGCCAUCAUUUUUUACAAAAUAUUUUUAAAGAAGACUUAAAACGGUAGACUUUCAGAGGACAGAAACACAUUCAUUAGGACUCUACAAUCGCUGUGCAGGUCAUUCUUGAAGCUCACCAUGAAGACCCCACAUCCGCUUCACAUCGUCACCCCCCUCAGGGAGAGUCGGACACUCUCAAAUAUAGCAGGUACAGCUGUAUGUCUGAAGUUGGACUCAUGCCAGCCUUCAGGCUCGUUUAAAAUCCGAGGUAUCGGACAUUUGUGUAAGAUGUGGGCAGAAACUGGCUGCUCUCGGUUUGUAUGUUGCUCUGGAGGCAAUGCUGGCAUGGCUGCUGCUUAUUCUGCGAGGAAGUUGGGUGUACCUGCCACUAUAGUGGUGCCCAGUGUUACCCCGUCAGGCACUGUUCAGAGACUUCAGGAUGAAGGCGCUGAUGUUGUCAUCCAUGGCAAAUCAUUGAAUGAGAGCAUUAAAUUUGGUCAACAGCUUGUGUCCAACAACCCUGAAUGGGUUUUCAUCUCUCCCUAUGAUGACCCCCUUAUUUGGGAAGGUCACACCACUCUGGUAAAGGAACUGGAGUCCCAGCUGGAUAAGAAGCCAGGAGCAGUCAUUUUGUCUGUGGGAGGUGGUGGCCUCUUGAAUGGGGUUGUAGAAGGCCUCCGGCGUGCUGGAUGGGAAGAUGUCCCAAUCAUUGCUAUGGAAACAGUGGGUGCUCACAGCCUUAAUGCAGCUAUGAAAGUGGGAGAGCUGGUUACGCUGCCCUGCAUCACUAGUGUUGCUACUACACUGGGGCUUACACGAGUAUCAUCUCAAACAAUGAAGCUUGUGAGGGAGCACACUGUUUACUCAGAGCUGGUCACAGAUCAGGAAGCUGUAUGGGCAGCUGAGCGUUUCAUUGAUGAUGAAAAGAUUCUAGUUGAACCUGCGUGUGGUGCUGCACUUGCAGCCAUCUACUGCAAUAUUAUUAAGCGUUUGCAGAAGGAGAAUAAAUUGUCUGAGGAGUUGGGACCAGUGGUGGUGGUUGUUUGUGGUGGCAACAACAUCAGCAUAGAGCAACUGCAGAAACUAAAGAAACAAUUAGGAAUGACCAGUUAAGCAAUAACAUAUAUUCAGAUAACUAAAUACACUGAAAUUGUUUUGGGAUCUUAAAGAAUAUAAUAUUUAUUUGUGCUUAAUUGCUACUUCUACAUAUGAAACUACUUGCAAAAAGAUGAAACUCUCUUAAAACUGAUAAGAUUUGACUGGAUGGCUUCAGCCAGUAUUUUUAUUUUUUUUGCAAAUCAUCAUGCCUUUAAAGUAAAAUCUCCUUAUUUGGAAAUUACCAGAUUUGUGCCAAGUUACUUGGAUGACUUUUCAAACUGGGAUAUUGUAGAGCAUUUACCAUUUAAUUAUUUUACCACACCUGUGUUUUUGUUACGACUCAUUAUCAUGAUCACUGUUGAAAAGUUUCUCUUUACCAUUGUUUUUAGCAGACUGAAACAGGUUGUCUAGCAAUAUCUUCCUGCAUUUUUAUUCUAUUUAGCCUUAAAUUUUUACUGUAACAAGAUGUUUAUUCCCUACUGAAAGGCAUUCCUAAAACAUAACACUACCACCCCAUACCCCCUACUUUACUGGUAUGGUCCUCAUUUCCAUGAUUUUCUUUUAGAUUUAUAGUCUGAAAAAGAUGCUUGAAUUAAAGGGGACUUUUAUUUACUUUGUAAAUGAUUCACAUGUAAAAGCCAGUUGUCUUUUGUCAAAGGUACAGUUUUUCAUCAGCGUAAACUUGGAGCUUCCACAGCACAGGAGUUUCUUUUACAAACAAAAUUCUGUUUUUAAUUGGCUGACAUAUAUUGGAUUUUGAUUUGCAGAAAAAUACUAGACAGAACAAUAUAAUUUAAGGGGGUUGUAUACUUUAUAUAGAAACAAUUUAUAUACAUCUCUUAUUGACUUUUGCACACACACAGCUGGGGCUAAACCAUUCCAAAAUAUCUUGCUGACUGAAACUUUCUAAUUUAGGGAUGUAACUUAGUUAAAAUUCUUAAGAAUACAUUGAAGGUGGUGUUUUUUAAAAUAUACUAAGAAAGAUAUUUAAGAAGUAUAAAUGUAUUAUCUAUGUUUUUUCAUGUCUUAUGAGAUUUACAAUGUUUCUAUUGUUGAUUUACUUUGUCUGAUGUAACAUUUAUCUUUAAUUACAAUUCUAAUUUCAUAAGUUGUGAUGCUGUGUAAAAUGUAAAUAAUAUGUAAAUAAAAACUGAAUGCAAAGAUUGGAGAAUCUCAUAAAACCAUAUUUUAUUCAUAAUAGAACAUACAAAUCACUGAUUUGAAAUCAGAUCAAUUGUUUAAACUAAAAUAAUUUACCAGUUUAAGGAAAGAAAUUCAUUUUGAAUUUGGAAAAAUAAGAGUUACCAAAAAAAAAAAAAAAAACAUCUGAAAGAACAUUUUACAACUAAUUAGAUUCAUUGGGAAAAGGUCAGUAACAGGAUUGGGAAUAAAUAAAAGUCUUAGAGAACCAGAAUAAAGGAGGGCAGAGGUAUUCACCAUUCUGUAAGAAAACUGUGUACAAAUUGUAGAACAAUUUAAGAUAAGAUAAUAUAAACCUUUAUUCGUCCCACAGUGGGGAAAUUUCUUUGUUACAGCAGCAUGAAAAGAAGGUUAGUGUGAGAUUAAUUACUGUACUUAAGUUAAUUUUUCUGGUUUACUUCACUUUGUUUUUUACUUCUGUACUUUAUUAUAUGUUCAAAACAGGCUCUUACUCAUUACUAGUUUUAAUCUAUUUGACAUGAUCAAUAUUCUUUCUUCUCACUGCGCACCGUUUUCAGCCCAUCAACAUGUUUCCUGUCUUUGCGCUGCUUUUUCAACCUGCCACUGGUCUGUCAUUCAGGCCGCAGGUGUAGGCUAGUUUACGAAGAAAACAAUGAGCGCGGCAGAAGGCAACAUGAAGUUUGGGGUUGACGUGGAUGAGACAGAGGGAGUCAGUGAUGUAAACAUGACUGAGAACAGACACAUUCCUGAUCACCAUCUUUUCUCUGCGUGUGUUUUGUUUGCUGGUUGUUCAACCUGGAUACAUUUAUUAGGUAACAAAAUUAAAUUGUUUUUGUAUUAACAUAUUAAUAUGAUGUGAGGUCCAGUUGCCAGUGUGACACGUAGUAAUUGCACCUUUUUACUUAAGUACAUGUCAGAGCCCAAACUUCUUUACUUUAACUUGAGUGAAAAAGUGUAGUCAGUACUUCAACUUGUAACAGAGACUUUUAAACCAUGAAUAUCUGCACUUGUACUUCAGUGAAGGAUGUGUGUACUUUUGCCACCUCUGCUAAAUCGUGGCAUGCUUUUUUGUAACUAAUAAAUUGUGUGUUUAUUUUCCCUCUUGGAAGUUUUGGCAGGACUAACUAUUAGUUUCUGUCUUGUUUUGUGAAGAAAAAUGUUUGAGAUAAAAAAAUGUCCAUUAAAACAUUACAUUACAAUCUCAGCAUUUACUUCCUGAUAUACACCUAGAUGUAUUUAACAACUUAACCAACAACACCUUUUGUGGCAGACCACCCAUUUUUUAGGUUGGCAAAACUAUAGGAGCAGAUUAAAGUAAAUAAAACUUCAUAUUUGGUUAUAUUUUGCAAGCUGGCAAACCAGAGACAUCACCAAAAUGUUAAAUUCUUUGGCGCUGCUUUUUUUUAAAAGCGUGUACCAGCUUCUCUCAGGUUUUUUUGGCUAGGGUCACAUUAAGCCAAAUCACAAGACCUGCCUUUUUAUAGGACAUCAUGCCAUCAGUUUGUCAGAGUCACUCAGAUCCAUACGCUUGCCCCUUUUUCUUUUACUUUAAUCAACAAGAAUUGAUUGUUAAUGAAUCGACUGCCCAUUAUUUUCCACUCACUGAAACAGAGACUCACUGAGAAUCAGCUUUACUGAUGUCACCUGUUAGCUGUAUUAAUGUUAUGGUUAGAUAUGAACUU